UGUGUGAAUAUCUGCUAUGUGAGACUGAGACUCAUAAGUGUUUCGCGGAAACGACGUCGUUGCAUCUCGGUGUUCAAUUUUUAUUCGUGAGUUUUUUUUUUUCAAUUUUUUUUUUUUCUCAAGUGGCUGAGAAAAAUGGAGGAGGCUUCACGGAGCGACGACUCCAAUCUGAACCCUAUACGCAAUCGGAAUCCGACACCAAACCCAUUGUCGACGAUCAUCUCUUCAGCGCAGGUUUGGCCAACCAUCGACGGUCCGUUGGGGUUAACGGAGGAAGCAUCGGUGGACUACGCUCGUCGAUUCUACAAGUUCGGUUUCGCUCUCUUGCCUUGGCUUUGGUUUGUCAAUUGCUUCUACUUCUGGCCUGUUCUUCGUCACGCUCGAGCUUUCCCUCAAAUCCGCAAUUAUGUUGUUCGAUCAGCAAUCGGCUUCAGUGUCUUUACAGCUCUUCUUUCCGCGUGGGCAUUGACAUUCUCGAUAGGAGGAGAACAACUUUUCGGCCCUGUCUAUGAUAAGCUGGUUAUGUACAACGUUGCUGAUCGUCUCGGCUUGUCUGGCUUGGCGUAGCUCCCUCCGGCUUUUCUCUCUACCGUUUAUGGUUAACGUAGUAGAAACAGGAAGAUCACAUUGCCUUUAUAACUUUGCCUAUUCCGUUCUGCUGUGUUUCUUUGCAAAUCAUAAGUUGUUUUUAACAAAAGUGGAGAUCGCUGGUGUGAAUGAAUGUAGUAAGUUUGGCUUGGAAUAAUCUCAUUCAUCUGUCAGUGAAGUUAAUCAGUUAGUUCUCAAUACAUCAUGUGUGAGUUCCUUGUGUUAAACAACUGUUCAAAGUGUAACCCAAAUGGGCCAUUUAAAUA